GGGGGAGCCGCCGCCGCGGCCACAAGCACGGUUGCCCCUAGCGAGCCCCGGCGCCGCUUGGAGCGCGGGGGACCGCGGGAUCCUAGGGGGGCGGCUCGGGGCGUGACACCGAGCGGAGGGCGUGGCUCGGGCUGCGCCGCCCGGACGCGCGGCGAGCGGCGGGGGGAGCGGGCGGCGGCGCCGGGGGCCGCGGGCGGGCCGGGACGAGCGCCAAGGGCGCACCUGGCGGCGGCGCGGCCCGGCCGGACUGCCGGAGCAGGCGCGGCGGCGGCGCUGGUGGCGAGGAUGUCGCAGCCGCCUCUGCUCCCCGCCUCGGCGGAGACUCGGAAGUUCACCCGGGCGCUGAGUAAGCCGGGCACAGCGGCCGAGCUGCGGCAGAGCGUGUCGGAGGUGGUGCGCGGCUCGGUGCUCCUGGCCAAACCAAAGCUGAUUGAGCCACUCGACUAUGAAAAUGUCAUCGUCCAGAAGAAGACACAGAUCCUGAACGACUGUUUAAGGGAGAUGCUGCUCUUCCCUUAUGAUGACUUUCAGACGGCCAUCCUGAGACGACAGGGGCGGUACGUGUGCUCCACCAUCCCUGCCAACGCACAGCAGGAAGCUCAGAGCUUGUUUGUUACAGAGUGCAUCAAAACCUAUAACUCUGACUGGCAUCUUGUGAACUACAAAUAUGAAGAUUACUCAGGAGAGUUUCGACAGCUUCCAAACAAAGUGGCCAAGUUGGAUAAACUUCCAGUUCAUGUCUAUGAAGUUGAUGAGGAGGUGGACAAAGAUGAGGAUGCUGCUUCCCUCGGCUCUCAGAAGGGUGGGAUCACCAAGCACGGAUGGCUGUACAAGGGCAACAUGAACAGUGCAAUAAGCGUGACCAUGAGGUCGUUUAAAAGACGAUUUUUCCACUUGAUUCAACUUGGUGAUGGGUCCUACAAUUUGAAUUUUUAUAAAGAUGAAAAGAUCUCCAAGGAACCAAAAGGAUCAAUAUUUCUGGAUUCCUGUAUGGGUGUGGUUCAGAACAACAAAGUCAGGCGUUUUGCUUUUGAGCUCAAGAUGCAGGACAAAAGUAGUUACCUUUUGGCAGCAGACAGUGAAGUGGAAAUGGAAGAGUGGAUCACAACUCUGAACAAGAUUCUCCAGCUCAACUUUGAAGCUGCAAUGCAAGAGAAGCGAAACGGAGACUCUCAUGAAGAUGAUGAACAAAGCAAAUUAGAAGGUUCCGUUUCCGGUUUAGAUAGCUACCUGCCUGAACUUGCCAAGAGUACCAGAGAAGCAGAAAUCAAACUGAAAAGUGAAAGCAGAGUUAAACUUUUUUACCUGGACCCGGAUGCCCAGAAGCUUGACUUCUCAUCAGCUGAGCCAGAAGUGAAGCCAUUUGAAGAAAAGUUUGGAAAAAGAAUUCUUGUCAAGUGCAAUGAUUUAUCUUUCAAUUUGCAAUGCUGUGUUGCUGAAAAUGAAGAAGGACCCACUACAAAUGUCGAGCCUUUCUUUGUUACUCUAUCCCUGUUUGACAUAAAAUACAACCGAAAGAUUUCUGCCGAUUUCCACGUGGACCUGAACCAUUUCUCAGUGAGGCAGAUGCUGGCCACCACAUCCCCGUCUCUGAUGAACGGCGGUAGGCAGAGCUCGCCUGCCCUGCAGGACAUCCUUCACGAAGCCGCCAUGCAGUAUCCGAAGCAGGGAAUAUUUUCAGUCACGUGCCCUCAUCCUGAUAUAUUUCUUGUGGCUAGAAUUGAAAAAGUGCUUCAGGGGAGCAUCACACAUGGUGCGGAGCCAUACAUGAAAAGUUCAGACUCUUCCAAGGUUGCUCAGAAGGUGCUGAAGAAUGCCAAGCAGGCAUGCCAAAGACUAGGGCAGUACAGAAUGCCAUUUGCUUGGGCAGCAAGGACGUUGUUUAAGGAUGCAUCUGGAAACCUUGACAAAAAUGCCAGAUUUUCUGCUCUCUACAAGCAAGACAGCAAUAAGCUAUCCAAUGAAGACAUGCUCAAGUUACUUGCAGACUUUCGGAAACCUGAGAAGAUGGCUAAACUCCCCGUGAUUUUGGGCAAUCUAGACAUAACAAUUGAUAAUGUUUCCUCAGAGUAUCCUAAUUAUGUCAAUUCAUCAUACAUUCCUACGAAGCAAUUUGAAACCUGUACUAAAAUGCCAAUCACGUUUGAGGUAGAGGAAUUUGUGCCCUGCAUACCAAAACACACUCAGCCAUACACCAUCUACAACCACCACCUUUAUGUUUAUCCUAAGUCCUUGAAAUAUGACAGUCAAAAGUCUUUUGCCAAGGCUAGAAAUAUUGCUAUUUGCAUUGAAUUCAAAGAUUCAGAUGAGGAAGACUCUCAGCCUCUGAAGUGCAUUUAUGGCAGACCUGGCGGGCCAGUAUUCACAAGAAGCGCCUUUGCUGCAGUUUUACACCAUCACCAAAACCCAGAAUUUUAUGAUGAGAUUAAAAUAGAAUUGCCCACCCAGCUACAUGAAAAGCACCACUUGCUGUUCACAUUUUUCCACGUCAGCUGUGAUAAUUCAAGCAAAGGAAGCACAAAGAAGAAGGAUGUUGUUGAAACACAAGUUGGAUAUUCCUGGCUUCCUCUCCUGAAAGAUGGAAGGGUGGUGACUAGCGAGCAGCACAUCCCUGUCUCAGCCAAUCUCCCGUCCGGCUACCUUGGCUACCAGGAGCUUGGGAUGGGCAGGCAUUAUGGUCCAGAAAUUAAAUGGGUAGAUGGAAGCAAGCCACUGCUGAAAGUUUCAACUCAUCUGGUUUCCACAGUGUAUACUCAGGAUCAGCACUUACAUAAUUUUUUCCAGUACUGUCAGAAAACCGAAUCCGGAGCCCAAGCCUUAGGGAGUGAACUUGUAAAAUACCUUAAGAGCCUGCACGCGAUGGAAGGUCACGUGAUGAUCGCCUUCUUGCCCACCAUCCUAAACCAGCUAUUCCGUGUCCUCACCCGAGCAACCCAGGAGGAAGUCGCCGUCAACGUGACACGGGUCAUUAUUCAUGUGGUUGCCCAGUGCCAUGAGGAAGGAUUGGAGAGCCACUUGAGGUCAUAUGUUAAGUAUGCUUAUAAGGCUGAGCCGUAUAUUGCUUCCGAAUACAAGACGGUGCACGAAGAGCUGACCAAAUCCAUGACCACAAUUCUCAAGCCUUCCGCCGAUUUCCUCACCAGCAACAAACUACUUAAGUAUUCAUGGUUUUUCUUUGAAGUUUUGAUCAAAUCCAUGGCUCAGCAUUUGAUAGAGAACUCCAAAGUUAAGUUAUUGCGAAACCAGAGAUUUCCUGCAUCCUAUCAUCAUGCAGUGGAAACUGUUGUGAAUAUGCUGAUGCCACACAUCACUCAGAAGUUUCGAGAUAACCCAGAGGCAUCUAAGAAUGCGAAUCAUAGCCUGGCUGUGUUCAUCAAGAGAUGUUUCACCUUCAUGGAUAGGGGCUUUGUCUUUAAGCAGAUCAACAACUACAUCAGCUGCUUUGCUCCUGGAGAUCCUAAGACCCUCUUUGAAUACAAAUUUGAAUUUCUCCGUGUGGUGUGCAAUCAUGAACAUUAUAUUCCAUUGAAUUUACCAAUGCCAUUUGGGAAAGGCAGGAUUCAAAGAUAUCAAGAUCUCCAGCUUGACUACGCAUUAACGGAUGAGUUCUGCAGAAACCACUUCUUGGUGGGACUGUUACUGAGGGAGGUGGGGACCGCCCUCCAGGAGUUCAGGGAGGUCCGGCUGAUUGCCAUCGGUGUGCUUAAGAACCUGCUGAUAAAGCAUUCUUUUGAUGACAGAUAUGCUUCCAGGAGCCAUCAAGCAAGGAUAGCCACUCUCUACCUGCCUCUGUUCGGUCUGCUGAUUGAGAAUGUCCAGCGGAUCAACGUGAGAGAUGUAUCUCCCUUCCCCGUGAACCCUGGCAGUACUGUGAAGGAGGAAUCCCUUACUUUGCCAGCCGUGAACCCGAUAGUGACACCGCAGAAGUCUGGGAGCACGCUGGAUGCCAGUCUGCACAAGGACCUCUUUGGUGCCAUCUCUGGCAUUGCUUCUCCAUAUACAAACUCAACUCCAAACAUCAGUAGUGUGAGAAAUGCUGAUUCAAGAGGAUCCCUCAUAAGCACAGAUUCCGGGAACAGCCUUCCAGAAAGGAAUAGUGAGAAGAGCAAUUCCCUGGAUAAGCACCAGCAAAGUGGCACUUUGGGAAAUUCUCUCGUUCGCUGUGACAAACUUGACCAGUCUGAGAUUAAGAGCCUGCUGAUGUGUUUCCUCUACAUCUUAAAAAGCAUGUCUGAUGAUGCUUUGUUUACAUAUUGGAACAAGGCCUCAACAUCUGAACUUAUGGAUUUUUUUACAAUAUUGGAAGUCUGCUUGCACCAGUUCCAGUACAUGGGGAAGCGAUAUAUUGCCAGGAACCAGGAGGGGUUGGGACCCAUAGUUCAUGAUCGAAAAUCUCAGACAUUGCCUGUUUCCCGUAACAGAACAGGAAUGAUGCAUGCCAGAUUGCAGCAGCUGGGCAGCCUGGAUAACUCUCUCACUUUUAACCACAGCUAUGGCCACUCGGACGCAGAUGUUCUCCACCAGUCGUUACUUGAAGCCAAUAUUGCUACUGAGGUGUGCCUGACAGCUCUGGACACCCUCUCUCUAUUUACACUGGCAUUUAAGAACCAGCUCCUGGCUGACCAUGGACAUAAUCCCCUCAUGAAAAAGGUUUUUGACGUCUACCUGUGUUUUCUUCAAAAACAUCAGUCUGAAACGGCUUUAAAAAAUGUCUUCACUGCCUUAAGGUCGUUAAUCUAUAAGUUUCCCUCAACGUUCUAUGAGCGGAGAGCGGACAUGUGUGCAGCCCUGUGCUAUGAGAUCCUGAAAUGCUGCAACUCCAAGCUGAGCUCCAUCAGGACCGAGGCCUCCCAGCUGCUGUACUUCCUGAUGAGGAACAACUUCGACUACACUGGCAAGAAGUCCUUUGUCCGGACGCAUCUGCAGGUCAUUAUUUCCGUCAGCCAGCUGAUAGCAGACGUCGUUGGCAUUGGGGGAACCAGAUUCCAGCAGUCCUUGUCUAUCAUCAACAACUGUGCCAACAGUGACAGGCUGAUCAAGCACACCACCUUCUCCUCGGACGUGAAGGACCUGACCAAAAGGAUCCGCACAGUUCUGAUGGCCACGGCCCAGAUGAAGGAGCACGAGAAUGACCCCGAGAUGCUGGUGGACCUCCAGUACAGCCUGGCCAAGUCCUACGCCAGCACCCCCGAGCUCCGGAAGACGUGGCUGGACAGCAUGGCCCGGAUCCAUGUCAAAAACGGGGACCUGUCCGAGGCAGCAAUGUGCUAUGUCCAUGUCACAGCCCUGGUGGCAGAAUAUCUCACACGGAAAGAAGCAGACCUAGCCCUCCAGCUGGAGCCGUCCUUCCUCCCCUCCAGCCACAGCAUCUGCCAGAGGAGGCGCCGGGGAGGCAUGUUUAGACAAGGAUGCACAGCUUUCAGGGUGAUCACCCCGAACAUAGAUGAGGAGGCCUCCAUGAUGGAAGACGUCGGCAUGCAGGACGUCCACUUCAAUGAGGACGUGCUCAUGGAGCUCCUGGAACAGUGUGCAGACGGACUCUGGAAGGCCGAGCGCUAUGAGCUGAUUGCCGACAUUUAUAAGCUCAUCAUCCCCAUCUACGAGAAGCGGAGGGAUUUUGAGAGGCUGGCCCAUCUGUAUGACACACUGCACCGAGCCUACAGCAAGGUGACCGAGGUCAUGCACUCAGGCCGAAGGCUUCUGGGGACAUACUUCCGAGUAGCCUUCUUCGGACAGGGAUUCUUUGAAGAUGAAGAUGGAAAGGAGUAUAUCUACAAGGAACCCAAACUCACGCCUCUGUCAGAAAUUUCUCAGAGACUCCUUAAACUUUACUCAGAUAAAUUUGGUUCUGAAAACGUCAAAAUGAUACAAGAUUCUGGCAAGGUCAACCCUAAGGAUCUGGAUUCCAAGUAUGCGUAUAUCCAGGUGACUCACGUGAUCCCAUUCUUUGAUGAGAAGGAAUUGCAAGAAAGAAAAACCGAUUUUGAGAGAUCUCACAACAUUCGCCGCUUCAUGUUUGAGAUGCCCUUCACCCAGACUGGGAAAAGGCAGGGCGGCGUCGAGGAGCAGUGCAAACGGCGCACCAUACUGACAGCCAUACACUGCUUCCCUUACGUGAAGAAGCGGAUCCCCGUCAUGUACCAGCACCACACGGACCUGAACCCCAUCGAGGUGGCCAUUGACGAGAUGAGUAAGAAGGUGGCCGAGCUCCGGCAGCUGUGCUCCUCGGCCGAAGUGGACAUGAUCAAACUGCAGCUCAAACUCCAGGGCAGUGUGAGCGUCCAGGUCAAUGCUGGUCCACUAGCAUAUGCCCGAGCUUUCUUAGACGACACAAACACAAAAAGAUACCCUGACAAUAAAGUGAAGUUGCUUAAAGAAGUUUUCAGGCAAUUUGUGGAAGCUUGCGGUCAAGCCUUAGCGGUAAAUGAACGGCUGAUCAAAGAGGACCAGUUAGAGUAUCAGGAGGAAAUGAAGGCCAACUACAGGGAAAUGACAAAAGAGCUUUCUGAAAUCAUGCAUGAGCAGAUUUGCCCCCUGGAGGAGAAGACCAGCGUUUUGCCGAAUUCCCUUCACAUCUUCAACGCCAUCAGUGGGACUCCAACGAGCACGCUGGUUCACGGCAUGACCAGCUCGUCCUCCGUGGUGUGACGUCACCUCGUGGACCGCGUGUGGGGACUUGCUUUGUCAUUUGCAAACUCAGGAUGAUCUCCAGAGCUAAUCACUGGGCACGUGCAGGACACGGGAGACCGAGCACAGGGAACGGUCGAGGGGAGUGCGGGAGGAGGGAAAUGAAGAGCCGUGUUAUUUCGUUUCAUGGCAGAUUUUCUGGAGGAGUCCUAAGAGAGUGCACAUAUUUUUUUAAACCUUGCUGGCAAUAUUCAACAUUUUCAUUAUGUCUUAACAGAGGUAUGUGGUGGACACUCUUAAGCUGGAGUUAAAUUUUAUUCUUCCUUACAGAGUAGUAUUAAAAAUCAACGGCCUGGAGAAAACAAGUAUUCUGGAAUGUACAUAGCACUGAAAUCGAGGCUGGGGUAACCUUUUGCCUCUAGGCUAAGCUGGAAAAUCUUGAAAAUUUUUUUUUUUUUCCUGUGGCACAUUCAGGUUGAAUACAAGAACUAUUUUUGUGACUAGUUUUUGAUGACCUAAGGGAACCGACCAUUGUAAUUUUUGUACCAGUGAACCCGGAGGUUUAGUGCUUUUAUACUCACUUACUUGCAUUUAAAAAAUAUGAAAGCUUAAGAAACUAUGUGAGCUUAGGACUAGUCAAGCAGUUUAGAACCAAAGGCCUGUAUUAAUAAACACAACUAUGCUAAACAUUUAAAGUAGUACAGUAUACUGUUAUGUACAUAGAGUUUGUUAAUACAGUCUUGGCAUUGUGUACAUACACGUAUGACAUUUCUACAUUUUUAAUACUCACAUCAGCUUCCGCAUAAAGUUUAAUUGUGACAGAUUUGUGUUGUUCUUAGUAUAUGCAAUACACUUGACUUUACUGUUUUAUUCUUGUACAUAAAAAAAGUGCAAUAUGGAGAUGUAUACAGUCUUUGCUAUGGUUAGGUUUAUAAACUGUUUUAAAAAUUUCAUCCUUUUGCCAAAAUGGUGGAGUAUGUCAUUGGUAAAUCAUAAACCCUGUGGUGAAUAGUGGUGUAAUGUAAAGCUUUCACCAUGUUAUAUUUUCUUUUCAGACAUUAAUUUAGUAAUUUUAUAUUUGGGAAAAAUAAAGGUUUUUAAUUUUAUUUAACUAGAAUCUCUGCCCUGCUGUAAUUAAACAUUCUGUACCACAGCUGUAUUAAAAAUAACAUUGCUGAUUUUCCGGUAGUGAGUAUUGGGUAUUUAUUGUCUGACAGUCCUAAGAGGGGCAGGAUAUUGAAAUAUUUGGGGGUAAAAUAAUGUGGUAAAUGAAAUUUGCUUUAAAAUACCUAAGGGGGAAAAAAAGAGGGUAGGUAGAUGACAAAUGUUGGUGAUUGUGGAAGCUGGGGCUGGGUACAUGGGAAUCAUUGUACCCGUUUCUCUGCCUUUGUGUAAGUUUCCAUGGUACAGAUUUCAAGAGGCAGGGCUAGGGACCAGAUCUUCCAGAGGAUGUGGAUAAAUGCUUUGUUACACUGCAGUCUGGCUCUGAAGUCUACUGGUUGUUCCCAAGUAUACAUAGACACGUUAAUACUUCUGUCGUUUCCUCUUCAACUGUACCAAGGUCUCCAUCUUUAUCAUCUCCCUGCUUGCUUUGAAGGUGAGUACUCUGGGAUGAGGUGGUCAUUUAUCCCAGCAGUGCAUCAGUGGCCAGGUGUGCACACACUCCCUGUGCCCUACAUCAUCAUAAACGCUGAAGCCGAGUCAAGUGAUGCCUCAGACUGCAGGUGCUGGUCUGCAGUCUGCCUGUGGUGUGCCCAGGGACCCAGCAGAGGAGCCACUCAGCCCCAGAGUUCCAGUGAUGGAAGCAAGAGGAGUCUUUCACAAGAGAUAAAAUAGCUGGUUUUCCUACUUGAAGGGUUUUGGAGGCUGUCUUUUUUCAUAACCAGUUGAGGAAGGAAAUCAUGAUGCUGUGUACAUCCUGAGCACCCAGAUGCCAAGGAUCUUUUGGUGUCUUUGGAACAUUCUCUAUCAGUGGGCAAGGCUGUAUUUUACAGAUGGCGACAAGGUCAUGAAGAAGAGAUGUGAGGAGUUACGACAACUCACCAGGCUGCAGCCCAUUCAUUAGUGGAUCCAGACUUAGGGCUUGAGAAGAUUCUCUGUGAUUGCCCUGAGUCUCUGACGUGUCAGCCCCGUGUAAUAAACCUUGACUGUCCCUAACACCAGCAGGGAUAGGUAUAAGAGUUUGUCUCCCUUGUUGCUGAGCUGGAUUUCCUGGUCACAAAUGCCUCAUUUAGAAGCCAUAAAAUGCAAGUCAUUGUGCAGUAAGAUAAAUACAUCUAGAAGGAGAUAACUUGCUACCUUGUGGUUAAACUUGGAAAGUAGUUUGUACAGAUUUCAUGUCAGAUAAGAUUCAGCUUGGAAGGUGACCAGCCCUCACUAAUUACAACAGUGGAGAAAGGAACCAUCUCUAAGAUGAAGACAUCUAUUGACCCUGCACUGAAACACAUUCACAUCAAUUAAAAACCUCAUUUAGUUUAGGCAUAAAAUUUUAAUUUUGGUAUAAAGUUACACAUUAAAGUAGUAGUUUAUUGGGGAAAAUUGUGUUUUUUAACAUUAAGAAAUCUUUAUUGCUAGUUUUCAAUAAAUUUUUAAAUGUUUUCCAUAGA